AUGAAUUAUUUUAAAUAUUUUAUUUUCGUUGUAUUUUUAUUUUUCACAAUAGUCAAAUGUGAACAGUUGUUGGGAGAAAUCGAAAUCUCAAACAAAAAUUUUGCAAUUGAUGCAAGUGUAGUCGAUACUAAAAUUAAUUAUAUUUUAGAUGAUACAAUUAAAACACCAAAAUUAAUAAUUACAUCAAUUAAAGGUGAUGCAACCAAUAUUAAUGAUAUUAUCACUGUAUCUGAAGAUAAAAGUACAGUUACAUUUGGUGAUUUUACUGAAUUGUCUUCAAGUAAUAAAUUAGUUGGAUUUAAUUGGAUUUCAAUGUUAAUUGCAAGUUUGUUAUCUAUUGGAUUAUUUGCAACAACAACAACAACAAAUAAAAAGUCAUCAAUUAUAAUAUUAAUAAUUGGUUUUAUUUGUUUAUCAUUAAUGAUUAAUGGAAUUCAAUCAAUAUCAUUAUCAGAUGUAUCAGUUAAAAUUGAAAUUAGAGUACCAUCAAAUUAUCAAUUUGAAUCAUUUAAAUUGAAAUUAAAUUCUGGUUCUUCAAAUAUAGUUGGAUUAAUAGCAAAUUCAAUUGAAAUUGAUAGUUGUUCAAUGGUGAAAGAUCAUUCAAUAACAAUUGGUCAAUUGGUUGUAUUCUCAUCAUUAAAGGUCUGUUCAAGUCUUGAUAUUAAAAUCACCAAUUUAGGACUUUCACCAUCCAAUACCAUUGCUGAAUUGAAAACAACUAGAAAUAUUGAUUUACAAUUUUCAAAUGGUUUUUCAGGUUCAAUCUCAAUUGAUUCACCAAGUGUAACAUUAGAUCCAGGUUGUACAACUACAAUUUCCGGUCAAACUACUACUGGUACUUGUAAUGGUGGUUCAAGCUCAAAACUAUCAAUAUCAGCAGGUAAUAGUGCGAUUGUUAGAAAUCUUGAAAUAACAUGCCCAAUUGAUAAUAGUUGGAGAGUUACACCAGCAUCAAGUGGACCUUCAACAAAUUCACCAUCAAUUUUCACAACUCAACCUGCUACUAAUUUUAAUUAUGGAAAAUCAAAUUUGGUUUUCAUGGCACAAUGGAAUAAUGUUAGUUUACUCGAUGGUCCAGUUGAAAACUCAUUCAAUAUAACUUAUGUUACAUGGAGUCCAAAUAGUCAUUGGUUAGUUUCAAAAGAUCCUUCACCAACUUUAAAAUCUGGUGUAAAUUAUGAAUUUAGUCUUGAGCUUUUAUUGGGUCAACCAUUGGGUGAAUAUACAUCUAUCUCAAACGUUUCCAUCUAUUUCUUUAAUCCAAAAGAUAUUACCAAUCCAAAUGGUAAUUCAAGAUAUUUCCAAUACUCAAACAAACCACCAUUAUAUAUGAAAACUUUUAGUGGUGCUAAUUUCAUAUCCAAUUCCAAUUUCAUCAAAACAAGUAUAACAUUUUCACCAACUAAAGAUAUUGGCUCUGCUGUUUUUGCACUUCAAAUUAAUCGUACUGCUGCUCUUACUGGUCCAAGUGAGAUUUCAAUUAGUAUUAAAGAUAUGAAAAUUACAAUUCCAUCUAAAUCAAUUACAACACCAUCAAAUAUUUUAUCAAAAGAUUCUGAGUUAUUAACAUUACCAAGACCAUCAACUUUAUUAGAUCCACAAGAUUCAUCAAGUUGUACAUAUAAACAAACUGAUUUAGUACAUUGGCAUAAUCCAUCCACUUGGGCUAGUGGUUUUGUUCCAUUACCUUCGUCAAAUAUUAUUUUACCAGAAGGUAAAAGAGUAUUGAUUUCACCAUGUUCAAUCUCACAAACAGAAGUUUAUAAAAAAAUUACAAUUCCACCAACUAGUGAAUUAGUAUUCAGUGAUUCACCAAUGACAAUCAAUGUUCAAGAUAUCUAUGUUCAAGGUAAAUUAACUAUGGGUACCAAUACUUGUAGAUAUAAUGCCAAUAUUAAUGUUAUUUUCCAUGGUAAUAAAACAACUACUGAUACAAUCGCUCAAUAUUUCGGUUCAAAAGGUAUUGCUGUUGCUUCUGGUGGUUUCAUUAGUGUUCAAGGUAAACAAUAUCAUAAUACUUGGACAAAAUUAUCUACAACUGCUUGGACUGGUGAUUAUGUUAUUUAUGUUCAAGAUUCAAUUAAUUGGGAAGUUGGUCAACAAGUUUUAAUUACAACUAGUGUAUAUAGAGAUGAAUCUGAUAACCAAAAUGAAGUUAUGACAAUUGCAGCUAUUCAAGGUAAAGUUAUUCAAUUUACCAAACCACUUAGAUAUUAUCAUUAUGGUGGUCAAGAAUAUCAAGCUGAAGUUGCAUUACUUUCAAGAAGAAUUGUUUUUAGAGGUGAUGGUAAUGGUCAGGAACAAACUGAUUCUCAAUCAUUUGGUGGUCAUGUAUUAGUAAAUGGUGAAGGUCAAUUCUCUGGUAUUCAAUUAAUUCGUAUGGGUCAAACUAAUAUAAAAGCAAGAUACCCACUUCACUAUCAUUUAGCAGGUACAGUUAAAAACUCUUAUAUCUCUGAUUGUUCAGUAACUAAUAGUUAUUAUCGUUGUUAUACAAUUCAUGGAACAAAUAAUGUCAGUCUAGUCCGUAAUGUUGCUUUUGAUAUUCGUGGUCAUUGUUAUUAUUUAGAAGAUGGUGUUGAAGUUGAUAAUAACAUUUGGUUCAAUUUUGCUUCAUAUGUACAUCCAAUUGGAAAGCCAGCUGGUGGUCCAAGUCAAACUGGUGAAAUUUUCCAACAAUCUGACUCAUUAACCCAACCAGCUGAUUCAGCUGCUGGGUGUUAUUAUAUAACAAAUGCAUAUAACUCUUUGGUUGGUAAUGCUGCAAGUGGAGGUUGGAGUGGUUUUGCUUUCCCAAAUUUGGAUAAGCCAAUUGGUAAUCAUAGAACAAUUUCAAUUAUACCAUCACAAUUUCCAUUAAAAGAAUUUACAGGUAAUACAGCACAUAGUAGUGGUUAUUAUUUUGAAGAAGGUGGUUCAAUUUAUGUUGGUGGUAAUCUUACAUUUAAUGAAGCAACUCAACUUUUAACCUAUAAUAGUGGUAGAUUUUCAAGAUCAACCUAUUUCAAUGGUACUAAAAAAGAUGGAAAUGAAAGAUGGAUGAGAUUUAACAAUACUAAAAUUUAUCUUUCAAAUAGAGGUAUUCAACAUUGGGGUGAAAGAGUUGAAGUGGUUGGAUUGGAAAGUCAUGAUUCAAUUAGACCAUCAACAUUGUUUGGUCAAGCAUGGCUUUCAAAUGCAAUUGUUAAUGGUCAAUCUGGUAAUAUCGUUUCAAAUCAAGGUAGAAACAGACAAGGUUUCCAAUUUUAUGAUACCUAUGUUCAAACCAUUUUAUCAAAUAUUAAUUUUAGAAACUUUAUUAAAGAUCCAGAUUCAGAAAAUCCAGAAUCUGAUAAUAGAGUCAUCAUUUCAAUGACACAUAGUGAUGUUUUCAAACCUCAAGGUAUUUCAGCAACAAAGCAAAUCACACUAACCAAUGUUGCUUCUUCUCAAGUGAUUGGUCAUCGUGUUGUUGAAACUGGAAGUAGUAGAUACUUUAAUUUCAUUGAUUGGGAUACAAGUUUGGUUCCUGGUAGAACUGCUGUUGGUGCACCAACUUUAGUUGGUUCACAUCAAAAUUGGUGGCAAUAUGAUGCUACUUGUUCCUAUAAUAAUGAUUGGUUAUGUUGGGUUUGUGAUAAAGGUGAUAAAGAAAUCGCUUCAAUAUCUGUACUCGUUCCUGGAUUAAUUGAAAGUGGUUAUACUAAUCAAGAAGAAGAUUCAUAUGUUGGUACUGCUUCUUUAUUCGGUAAUGGUAUCACAAAUAGAAGAUCAACAAACAUAACAAGAAAUGCAGGUAUCACUGGUGUUUCAAAUAUGGGUUGGUAUUUAUGGUUCUCAACAGGUACACCAACCUCAAUAAAUAUUUGGGUUGCUCAAGUCAUAAAGAAUAACUAUUUAUUUGUGGCUAUCCCAUACCCUGCAAAUACAGAAUUCUCAAUUAGAUGUGCAUACAGAUGGAAUAACAAAUUCAAUUACAACUUUGUAUUGGCAAACUCUGCCUCUGAAGUUAGAAAUGGUAAUGGUACAAGAUAUUAUUUCGAUCAAACUCAUCUCUUUAUCAAAGCUGUAAAUUUAGCUUUAACUGGUAAUGAAUACUUUGAACGUGGUGGUGCUAAAGUUUAUAAUGUUUUCUGGGAAUUCAAUAUUUAUAUUGAAGCAUCAAAUAAAAAUGUUCAACCAGUUAAUGGAUUCUAUACAGGUAUACCUGAUACUUUACCAUCAGGCAAUCUUUAA